CCUCUGGCUUGAGACACGCUGUCGACUCCGGCGUCCCUGAUCAGCCAAGAGAGAUUACUGACCUGAUUUGACAUAUUUUGAGUACAUACACUCACUCUGAUCUGACCUGUCGAUCGAUCUCGAUUGUUGGAUCAUUCAGACUACUUGCGCCUGUCCCGGAUUUUCAUCAUGGCCCAGCCCAGCCCCACUGCCCCCCAGGGCGUGCCCGAGCCCAUGCGCAAGUUGUUUGGUUACAUCGAUGAGCAGAAGGAGAACCUGAUCCAGGCCUUGGCUCAGGCCGUGGAGAUCAAGUCCGUUUCGGCUUGGCCAGAGAAUCGACCGGAUGUUGUGAAAAUGAUUCACUGGGCGGGCGAUCGUCUCAAAGGCUUUGGCGCCAGGGUGGAAUAUUGCGGUUUGGGCAUGCAAACCCUGCCCGAUGGCCAACAAAUCGAGUUGCCGCCCGUCCUCAUGGGCGAGCUCGGCCAUGAUCCCCAGAAGAAGACGGUCCUGCUCUACGGCCAUUUGGACGUUCAACCCGCUUUGAAAGAGGACGGCUGGGACUUUGAGCCUUUUGUGCUCACGCGGGAUGGUGGCAAGCUUUACGGCCGUGGAGCGUCCGAUGACAAAGGGCCUGUCUUGGGAUGGCUCCAUGCCAUUCAGGCCUAUCAAGCCCUCAAGAUGGAUUUGCCGGUGAAUCUGAAAUUCUGUUUCGAAGGGAUGGAGGAAUCCGGCUCCGAGGGCUUGGAUGAUUUGUUGGCCAAACGGAAAGAUACCGACUUCAUGCAAAAGGUGGAUUAUGUUUGCAUUUCGGACAACUAUUGGUUAGGCAAGGAGAAGCCUUGCAUCACAUACGGCCUUCGAGGCAUUUGCUACUUUUUUGUAGAGAUAUCCUGUUGCACCAAGGAUUUGCAUUCCGGAGUUUUCGGAGGCACCGUCCAUGAGGCCAUGGCCGAUCUGAUGCACAUGAUGAACACCCUAAUCGACAAGGAUGGCAAUAUCUUGGUGGAGGGUCUAAUGGAUUCCGUGGCUCCGGUGACAAAAGAAGAGUUGGCCACCUACGAAUCCAUUGCCUUCGAUGUGGAGGAUUAUUGCAAGGAUGUGGGCACCGCCAAAUUGGUACAUCACCAGGACAAGGUCAAGACCCUGAUGGCCAGAUGGCGAAAUCCAUCAUUGUCUCUUCAUGGGAUCCAAGGAGCCUUCUAUGAACCUGGUUCCAAGACUGUCAUCCCUCGAACUGUCAUUGGGAAAUUCUCCAUUCGAAUCGUGCCUAAUCAAACGCCGGAAGAGGUGGAGAAGAUUGUGGUCAACUAUCUGAAUAAGAAGUGGGCGGAACGUGGUUCCAAGAACGUCUUCAAGGCCAGAAUGGAACAUGGAGGGCGUUGUUGGGUCAGUGACCCAAAUCACCCCAAUUACGUGGCCGGGAGAAAGGCCACCAAAAUGGUUUAUGGAGUUGAGCCGGAUCUCACCCGUGAAGGGGGCUCAAUUCCCGUGACACUGAGCUUACAAGAGGCCACGGGCAAGAAUGUGAUCCUAAUUCCAAUGGGAGCUUGCGACGAUGGAGCCCACUCUCAGAACGAGAAGAUUGACGAACGAAACUACAUUGAGGGCACCAAACUUUUGGGAGCCUAUCUCUAUGAAUUGGGACAACUAUGAACUAAGAUGUUAUAUACAUCAUGUUAUUUUUUUACCCAUCAUCUUUUAUCAAAGUUGCUUACCAUCGCCAAUUCCAAGAAUAAAAGUCUCAACCAUAUAGAGACAAAAUGA